CCAUCAGCACAGUUCCUUUUUUAGAGAGAGAAAGCUAGCUGUGGGUUUUUAGGAGUUUUUUUUUAGAGAGGGAAGGAAAUGGGGGGCGAGGUGGUUCUGCUGGAUUUCUGGGCAAGCCCUUUCGGCAUGAGAGCGAGGAUUGCCCUUGCAGAGAAAGGCGUGAAAUACGAGUACAGAGAGGAGAACCUGGCUAAUAAGGGUGAGCUAUUGUUGAAGAGUAACCCUGUUUACAAGAAGAUCCCUGUGCUUAUUCAUGACGGUAAGAGUUUAUCAGAGUCUUUGAUAAUAGUGCAGUACAUUGAUGAGGUCUGGAAGAACCCGCCAUUGUUGCCUGAAGACGCAUAUGAGCGAGCUGUUGCCAGGUUCUGGGCUGAUUUUGCUGACAAGAAGCUGUACGACAGCGGGACCAAGAUAUGGAAAAGCAAGGGCGAGGCUCAGGCCUCGGCGGUGAAAGAAUUCAUUGAAAACCUGAAGAUCUUGGAGGGCGCCUUGGGUGACGAGCCCUUCUUUGGAGGGGAAAAAUUAGGGUUUGUGGACGUUAUGGUGGUGCCUUUUGUUUGCUGGUUCCAUGCGUACGAGGUCCAUGGUGGAUUCAGUGUUGCAGCUGAAUGCCCCAAAAUUGAUGCUUGGGCCAAGCGUUGCAUGGAGAGGGAGAGUGUUUCCAAGGCUUUGCAGGACCCUGAGAAGAUCCUGGAGUUUGUGGGGUUUCUCAAGAAGAAAUAUGGGGUUGAGUAGAGAGAGAGAGAGACAGAGUGGUUGCAUGCGACUUUUAGUAAUAUAAUGGCAGCAACGUCACGUCGUGUUGUGUUGUGGGAAAGGUUUCUGAGAGAGAGAGAGUCGGUAGGUAAGAGUGUGAGGACAAUGUGUUUACUCUUAGUUUUUUUUGGGAAAGGUUUUAGAGAGAUAUGAAUAUCGAUGCGAAGUUGUAGUACUUUGAUGCGUUUUCUGUAACGCCUAGUAGCUUUAUGAAACCAAAGGGGUUCCAUCUGUCUGGGACUUGGAACUUUGUAUUCGAAGAUGCGCUUUAUCUUUGAUUAUUCUAUACAAACUUAAUUUGAUUGAU